AGAUCCUUAAGAUAAACCUCUAUACUCAAAAUGGAUGGGAAGUCUAUAAAAUGCAUGCUCCUAAUUGGGCUGUGCGCUCUCUAUUCAUGUUCUUCACACGUUUAUCACCUUGUGAAUACAAACAAGACCUGGGCUGAAGCCCAGAUGUACUGCAGAGAAAUGUACACAGACCUGGUCACCAUCAACAGCACUGAAGACAUGGCCCUGGUGAAUAAUCUCCUCAACAACAGAGCAGAGGAGUUCUGGAUAGGUUUGCACAGCAGUUCCAGUGAAUGGUUAUGGUCUCUGGAAAAGGAAGGAUUUUAUGGAGACGGACAGGCUGACUUUAGAUUGUGGAAUGGUGAACAAGGAAGUCCUUAUGAUCACUUUCACUGCGCUGAGAUAUAUUCAACGUGGGGAUGGGACAUGUACGAUUGCUAUGUAGAGCAACCCUUUGUCUGUUACAAUGAUUCGGGUUCAAAAUAUGUCUAUGUGAAUAAAUACAUGAAUUGGACCGAUGCUCAAAAGUACUGCAGGGCUAACCACACAGAUCUGGCCAGUGUGAGAAAUCAGUCUGAGAAUGACGCCAUCGAACAGCUCCUGAUGGACAAAUAUGCAUGGAUCGGCUUGUACAGAGAGUCCUGGAGGUGGUCAGACGGUCAGCGCCUGAAGAUGACUUCAUUCAGCAAAUGGAAUCAAAGUCAAACAGUAGAUGUGGAAAACACAUGUGUGACUACAAGAAGCGGCGUGUGGAAUAUGAGACCCUGCUCCAACACGUAUCCUUUUAUCUGUAGUGGUGAGUUAAACAUGUCGGAAAACGACAUGGAAGGUCUUAGAAUCAGGAAAUGCUUCAUUUUUAGUAUUUUACAUCUAUGA